AUGGUUUUGCCCCGCCUCGCGCUCCUCGCACUCCUCGCGCCCCGCGUCGGCGCGCUCGUGCCGACGCUGCGCCGGCCCGCCGCGCGGCGCGCCGUCGCGCGGGCCCUCGACGACGACAUCUUCGCCGAGAUGGGCGGGGGCGACGCCCUGUUUCCCGCGAGCGCCGACGACGCCCUCGGCCACCCGGACCACGACUACCUGCGGGACGACGACGGGUCCUGCGCCGUGGACCUCGACGCCGUCAACGGCCUCCUCGCCGAGCGGCUCGACGCGAAGCGCGACCGCAACUUCCCGCGCGCCGACGAGCUGCGCGACGAGCUCAUGCGGACCCACGGCGUCCGCGUCUGGGACCGGGAGCGCACCUGGAGCGCGCAGCCCAAGAAUUCCUUCCGGCGCCGCGAGCCGCGGCCGCUGCCGGAGGCCCACGACUACGCGCGCGGCGGCGACCUGUCGGCGCCCGUCGAUGAAACCGCCGUCGACGCGCUGCUCCUCGCGCGCAUGCACGCGAAGAUGGGUCGCGACUUCGGCCGCGCCGACGCGCUGCGGGAGGAGCUGUCGAGGGACCACGGCGUGCGCGUCCACGACGGGACGAAGACGUGGAUCGCGGGCGUCGCGGCCGCGAACACGGACCCCUGGGCGCGGCCCGCCGACGACUACGCGCGCGCGCCCGGGCGCGACGACGGCGCCGUCGACCUCGACGAGGCGGCGGUCGUGGCCCUCGUCCAGCGGCGGUCGACGGCGCGGCGCAAGCAGAACUGGGCCCUCGCGGACGACCUCCUCGACGACCUCCUCAUGAUCGGCGUCGACGUCGACGACAAGUCGAAGACGUGGCGCGCGGUGGCGACGACCUACGACUUCCCGGAAGACCUCGUCGAGGACGCGGGCGUCGACGUCGACGCCGUGCAGCGCCUCAUCGCCAAGCGGUCGCGGCUCAAGCUCCGCCGGAAGUUUCACGAGGCCGACGGCAUCCGCGACGCGCUCCUCGCGGAGCACAACGUCCACAUCGACGACAAGAAGCGCACGUGGAGCAUGCAGAAGCGGCGCCUCGGGACCAAGGCGGAGCUCGUGCCGGCCCUCGAGGACCUCGACUGA